AAAAUGUUUCCCUGAUUAUAGAAUAAAAGUCACGUUAAAGGUCCAACCCAAAUCCAAAGCGUGUUGAUUAGUUUUCCCUUGGCUUGGAGACUCGAGUGUUUGUAAUCUGACUGGAAAGUGGAUCUUCUCACUGCAUGGAAAUAUAAUUCAGUUUCCAAGUCGAUAUUAUUUUUGUUUUUGGAAUGGAGCGAGAGUUUGGGACAAUAUCGGCUCUUAAAGCUGUUGGGUAUCACAGUGAUCGCUGUAUGACACGGUGUGAAUGUGAUGAACUGCCGUGUCCACUGCUCUCCUGGCUGGUGCUGGAGUUGAGAAAAACCUGUCCUGAACUUGGAGCAGGAGACAGUGGCACCAUUCUGGCCCGGGAACUGAAAGAGGUCCUGAAAGUCAUGUUGUGCCCUUAUGACAUGCUCAGUACAGAGACUCUAACCCCUAUUCAUCUCAAAAGAAUAACAGAGUUCCUGGUUUCCGAGUUACAAGCAGCACGUAUGCUGAAGUACAAAGAGUGCAAUCUGGAAAGUACUGAGCCUCUGAGCGAGUCAGGCAAAGAGCAGAGACCGAGAGAAUCUCACCCCGAUAUGGAGAAUGAGACUCGACUAGAUGACAAAGAGGUAAUGAAGGAAUUGUCAGAGUUGUUUCAAGCCCUGGAUAUGGAUGCAGCCUCGCAGCUCAGUGACGUCCACUCACAGAUAGAAUCACAAUUAGCGUUGCUCCCAGAGGGUAAAGUGCAAGAGCCAUUGCUAAAAACGAACCUGAAUUCUACACAAUGGAGAGCGCUGAAUCAGAUUAACCAAGCCCUCUGUAAAGACUACGAGUGCCGUCGGCAGAUGAUGAUUAAACGCUUCUCCGUCACGCUCCAGUCAUUUGCAUGGGGAGAGCGAGGAAAGGAGCGCAGCGCUCUGAUAUCCACAAUACCUCCAUUUACAUCAGCACUUGAGUCGUCUGUCUCCGCUGCACUGUUACUAGCAGCUAGAGAAGAUCAGUCUUGCAUUCUGCCCGUGACUGCAGGACCGUCAACAGCCGUUCAUAAGGUGCUGAUGGGUAGUGUGCCAGAUAGAGGAGGUCGACCUGGAGAGAUCGAACCUCCUAUGCCAAUGUUCACUCAACGUAGUGAAAGAGGUGAUGGUCCGAGGCGUGAAAAGAAUAAAUUCAAGAGACGGGAGUACUCUGGGAAAAAGAAAAAAAAUAAGAAUAGAUAGUAGCCUCGUCAUACUGACAUGAACCUGAAUGCUGAUCUUAUUCAGAAUCGUUGCAGGCUGUCCUGCUGUAUACUGUAUGUAAUAUUCUGCCUCUUUUUGAUUCUUGUUAGCAUUUAUCAUCUACGUUCAUACUGACAGUGAAGUUUGGCUUUAAUGAUGGACUACGGAGAAUAUAAUUUUAUAUUUUGAGCUGUUCUUUUGGCAUACAAGUUUAAAGACAUGAUUUAGGUACAUGUUUGCACUAAUCAUGAACUACCCUUCCUGGUCAUUUGGGCGAUGGCGAUUCCAUCGGGGAAUGGCACGUCUUUUGUACCGUUAGUGUUUUAACCUGGUGUGUGUGUGGUGUGUUAGUCUACUCUGUAGGUUAAUUAAAGGUACACGAAAGGGUCUCAAGAUCCAAGCUCUAAAGGUACACUAUAAUUCACAUUCCUAUGUAAAAUAUGCGCCUGCACACUAAAGGUACAAAAGAAGUAUGCUUGAUGAGACCAGCCUAGUGACAAGGGAAGGUAGUUUUUCUUUUUGAGAAUGUGUGACGUAUACAGAAAUGUUUUUUCUUCUUCUUCUUCUUCUAUAGUGGGUUAUUGAUGGAUAAUCACACUGAUCUGUAAACAAAUGUGCAUAUAUACGCGUUUAAGCAUGGGUUUUGAUUCACUUUUUGGUGAAAAUCCCAAUUUAUUCUUGUACUUGAUUAUGCUGUUAGUUUAGCAAUAGGGCACUGACAUGUAAGAGUUGAUUUAUUGCAUUUCAUUUCAGUCUUGCAUUGAGAAAAGGUUAGGGAUGUUUGCUCAAGUCCAAGCAGAUUGAAGCCCAGUUUUAUUUAUUUUUAUUAUGAAAAUAUUUUCAUGAAGGUGUUUUUAUUUAAAAUUUCUUGCUUUUCUUUUAUUAAACACUUUAAAGACGA